CUUCACAUAUCACAACUACCUAGUGCCUAUCCUUUGCGGCGCGAAACCAAGUGUUCAACCUUGUACAAAUUUGGUGCAAUUUACUCCUGAUUCAUAUAAAGGUAUAGACAAAUGGGUAAAGAAGGUGAACUGUGGGACGAUUCUGUUCUUAUUACUGCUUUCGAUCAAGCCAUCUCCAAGUAUAAGAAAAUGCACGGAAAAGGGUACAAGGAAACUCCAAAUACUGGUGCUGCGGAUCUCAAUAUUAACAAUUCAGUUGCUCCUGCUGCAUCUAAUACUUCUGGAGAAGAUACUAGUAAUCCAGAAAUACUUGAUGGAGGGAAUGAAAACGGUCUGGGUGCUGUUCCGGAAAGUCUGAAAACUUCUAACAGAAAUGGAGCUGCAGAUUCAGAAGUUACAGGAGAACAUGCACUUGAGUCAAAUGUUUUGCCCUUGCAGGAUCAGUCCCAUAAUUACUCAACCUCUUUAGAUGUGGAUGAAUACAAUCAGCUAUAUAAACAGUACUAUGAAGUCGAGGAGCAAAGGCAAAAAAUUCUACAGAAGCUGCAGAACUUCAGCAGUGGGCAAUAUCCAUACACAAGUGAAGUGCCUGUAUCUGGCUCACAGUGGGGUACCAGUUCUGCUACCCAAGAAUAUCAAUCAUAUAUUAGUCAAGUGCCUUGUGGAGCAAUGGUUGUUUCUUGCUGCCCAUGCCCUAGCCAAUGUUCCAUGGCUUCUUGCUCUUUACCUUGCCCCUUAAAUGGUGUUUCUGCUUGUAAUUCUGGUGUAAAUUCGUCAGCAACAAUGGAUCUGGGAAAGUUUUCAGCAGUUGAAGAUAAUAUUGUGAAGACGGCAAUGGGAGCUGCAGAAAAAGCAAUAUCUGCAUUGAAGAUUAAUGCUUCUGACUCAAAAGAGGAGAACAAAACCGACAGUGUAGUAGAACAAAAGGCAACCGUUGGAACAGAUCUAAGCACAGUUCUGAAUGUGUGGUAUUCUGCUGGGUUUUACACUGGCAAGUAUCUAACCGAGCAGUGUUUUGUUAAGAAGCAACAUAAUUAGGUGUUAGAAUAUUUUCCAUGAAGCUGAUUUUUCCUGUGUUAAUGUCAAAGCAAGUGACUAGUCAAAAACAACUUCUCCUUUGUCGUUGGGCUACAAGUUGACAUUUUCUUUGUGGACUUCGAGAAUUCGUAAGUUAAUAAUUGUUACUUAAAGACGCGUUUCAAAUGGGCUGGUCCAUUAUUACUAAAAAAACAACUACAAAACAAACUUGUAUAACCUAUUUGAAGUUGGUGUUUUAAUCUAUUGAAGUUGAUAUUUUAACC